ACGAGGCAGUGGCAAGCCCGAAGUGGGAGGAGCGGGAAGAGGGCGGAAAGUGAAAGGCACGGAGCGCCUCUCUUUCCUCCGUCUGACUGGAUUCUCGACUGCUCUGGGCCGCCGUUGUAUUGUGGGAUCGCGGCGCCGUGACUGAGACGCCCGGAUCGGCAGGGGCGCCCACUUGCUAGCGCCUCCUGUCGUCUGUAAGGUUGCCCUGCUGUUCCUCAGCACCCCAACUCCCUUCACCCCCCCAUCGCCUCCUCCUCCUCCAUCCUCCAGUUCAAAAUGGCGGCGGCGGCGGCAGCGGCGGCGGCGAUGGCUCCUCCGGGCUGCCCGGGUUCGUGUCCCAACUUCGCCGUAGUCUGCUCUUUCUUGGAGCGCUACGGGCCGCUGCUCGACCUGCCUGAGUUGCCGUUCCCGGAGCUCGAGCGGGUGCUGCAAGCUCCGCCGCCGGACGUCGGCAACGGAGAAGUACCUAAAGAAUUGGUGGAGCUCCAUUUGAAGUUGAUGAGGAAGAUUGGCAAAUCUGUUACAGCAGACAGAUGGGAAAAAUACUUGAUCAAGAUAUGCCAAGAGUUUAAUAGCACCUGGGCGUGGGAGAUGGAGAAGAAAGGCUAUCUUGAAAUGAGUGUUGAAUGCAAGUUAGCACUCUUAAAGUACCUCUGUGAGUGUCAAUUUGAUGACAAUCUCAAAUUCAAGAAUAUUAUCAAUGAGGAGGAUGCUGAUACCAUGCGUCUCCAGCCAAUUGGCCGUGACAAAGAUGGCCUCAUGUACUGGUACCAGUUGGAUCAAGAUCACAAUGUCAGAAUGUACAUAGAAGAACAAGAUGAUCAAGAUGGCUCUUCAUGGAAAUGCAUUGUCAGAAAUCGAAACGAGUUGGCUGAGACUCUUGCACUCCUGAAAGCACAGAUUGAUCCUGUACUAUUGAAGAACUCUAGCCAACAGGACAGCUCUUCCCGGGAAAGUCCCAGCUUAGAAGAAGAGGAGACUAAAAAGGAGGAAGAAACAACUAAACAAGAGGAACAGAAAGGAAGUGCAAAGACGAAAAGUGAAGAGCGGCCAAUAGAUUCAGAAAAAUGUUCUACACCCAGUGCUCUGGAAGAGACUACUGUGAAAAUAGAAAAAGAAGAUGAAAAGGAACUUGUAAAACUGCCAGUCAUAGUGAAGCUAGAAAAACCUUUGCCAGAAAGCGAAGAAAAAAAGAUUAUCAAAGAAGAAAGUGAUUCCUUCAAGGAAAAUGUCAAACCUGUAAAAGUGGAAAUGAAAGAAUGUAAAGCAGAUUCUAGAGAUAUCAAAGGUAGUAUGGAGAAGUUAGAGCCUGAGAGGCUAGACUUUGUUGGCAAUGUUAAAUCUUCUCAAGAAAUUACUGAAAAGUCUACUGAAGAAACCGAGAAACUUAAAAAUGACCAGCAGGCCAAGAUUCCACUAAAAAAACGAGAAAUUAAACUGAGUGAUGAUUUUGAUAGUCCAAUCAAAGGACCUUUGUGUAAAUCAGUUACUCCAACAAAAGAGUUUUUGAAAGAUGAAAUCAAACAAGAGGAAGAGACUUGUAAAAGGAUCUCUACAAUCACUGCUUUGGGUCAUGAAGGGAAACAGCUGGUAAAUGGAGAAGUUAGUGAUGAAAAGGUAACUCCACAUUUUAAGACAGAACAGAUGGAGACAAAGUUUUAUGAUACAAAGGAAGAUAGUUGCAGCCCCUCUAAGGAUAGAAGUGUCAUCAUGGAGGGAAACGGAGCAGAGUCUGUAAAUUCUGUCAUUGCGAGUGUAAAAAUAGGUGAUCUUGAGAAAGAAGUGGUCCCUUUAGGGAAAGAUACAGAUAAUUCAAUAUCAGUCUUAGAGACCCAGAGUCAGAAAGAGCACAUAGAGGAAACCGGUCCUUCAGAAAUGGAAACCUCUCUUGAGACUGCUGACAUAGGAAAGGAUCUCUCUUUAAAAACUGCUUUAUCUACCAGUGAAUCCUAUAGUAUGAGAGUUGAAGAGAAGUCUCCCAAAAGUAAGAAGGAUAAGCGCCCACCAGUCCUCGAGUGUCUUGAAAAGUCCAAAAAGACUUUUCUUGAUAAGGACACACAAAGAUUGAGUCCAAUACCGGAGGAGGUUCCAAAGACAACUGUAGAAUCAAUAAAGGCCGGGUCUCCAGAGGCAGCUGAAACUUAUCCGUCAUCUAACGUGACUGUCCACUGUGAGAAACUAGCCUCUGAAGUUGAGUGUCAGAAUACAAGUUCACUUGAAGGUCAGUCCCUGGAGAAAGUAGACCCAGAAAUUUUAAAAGUAGAUUCUGAAUCAACAAAGGUAGAAGUGGAUAAUCUGGACAAUGCCCAGACCUCUGGCACAAGUGAUUCUUCUGAGACAAAGGGUUCUAUGCAAAAAAGCAAAUUGAAAUAUAAGUUGAUUCCUGAAGAAGAAAACACUGGCUCAGAAAACACAGAGAUAACCUCAGAAAGGCAGAAAGAAGGCAUCAAAUUAACAAUUAGGAUAUCUAGUCGGAAAAAGAAGUCAGAUUCUCCUCCCAAAAUUUUAGAGCCAGAAACCAAGCAAGAGAAGACUGAAAAGGAAGAAGAGAAAAAUGUUGGUCGUACUUUGAGGAGGUCUCCAAGAAUAUCUAGACCCACAGCAAAAGUGGCUGAAAUCAGAGAUCAGAAAGCUGAUAAAAAAAGAGGGGAAGAAGAUGAAGUAGAAGAAGAGUCAGCAGCUUUGCAAAAGACAGACAAAAAAGAAAAUUUGAAAAAAGCAGAGAAGGAUACAAAUUCUAAAGUAACCAAGGUAAAGCCCAAAGGCAAAGUUCGAUGGACUGGCUCUCGAACCCGUGGCAGGUGGAAAUAUUCCAGCAAUGAUGAAAGUGAGGGGUCUGACAGUGAAAAGUCAUCUGCAGCUUCAGAAGAGGAGGAAGAAAAGGAAAGUGAAGAAGCCAUCCUGGCAGAUGAUGAUGAACCAUGCAAAAAAUGUGGCCUUCCAAACCAUCCUGAACUAAUCCUUCUGUGUGACUCUUGUGACAGUGGAUACCACACUGCCUGCCUUCGCCCUCCUCUAAUGAUUAUUCCAGAUGGAGAAUGGUUCUGUCCCCCUUGCCAGCAUAAACUACUGUGCGAAAAAUUAGAAGAACAAUUGCAAGAUUUGGAUGUUGCCUUAAAGAAGAAGGAGCGUGCUGAACGCAGGAAAGAACGCUUGGUGUAUGUGGGUAUUAGUAUUGAAAACAUCAUUCCUCCACAAGAGCCAGAUUUUUCUGAAGAUCAUGAAGAAAAGAAAAAAGAUUCAAAAAAAUCCAAAGCAAACUUGCUUGAAAGGAGGUCAACACGAACACGGAAGUGUAUAAGUUACAGAUUUGAUGAGUUUGACGAAGCAAUUGAUGAAGCUAUAGAAGAUGAUAUCAAAGAGGCGGAUGGAGGAGGAGUUGGCCGAGGAAAAGAUAUCUCUACCAUCACAGGCCACCGUGGAAAAGACAUCUCUACUAUAUUGGAUGAAGAAAGAAAAGAAAAUAAACGACCCCAGAGGGCAGCGGCUGCUCGCCGGAAGAAACGCCGGCGACUGAAUGAUCUGGACAGUGACAGCAACCUGGAUGAAGAGGAGAGCGAGGAUGAAUUCAAGAUCAGUGAUGGAUCUCAGGAUGAAUUUGUUGUAUCUGAUGAGAACCCAGAUGAGAGUGAAGAAGACCCACCAUCUAACGAUGACAGCGACACUGAUUUCUGUAGCCGAAGACUAAGGCGACACCCCUCCCGGCCCAUGAGGCAAAGCAGGCGUUUGCGGAGAAAGACCCCAAAGAGAAAGUGCUCUGACGAUGACGAGGAAGAAGAGUCUGAGGAAAACAGCAGAGACUCUGAAAGUGACUUUAGUGAUGACUUUAGCGAUGAUUUUGUAGAAACUCGGCGAAGAAGGUCUAGAAGGAACCAGAAGAGACAAAUUAACUACAAGGAAGAUUCAGAAAGUGAUGGUUCCCAGAAGAGUUUACGACGUGGUAAAGAAAUCAGACGCGUUCACAAGCGUAGGCUCUCUAGCUCAGAUAGUGAAGAGAGCUAUAUGUCCAAGAACUCUGAAGAUGAUGAGCUAGCUAAAGAAUCAAAGCGGUCAGUUCGAAAACGGGGUCGAAGCACAGAUGAGUAUUCCGAAGCAGAUGAGGAGGAAGAAGGUAAACCAUCCCGAAAACGGCUACACCGGAUUGAGACAGAUGAAGAGGAGAGUUGUGACAAUGCUCAUGGAGAUGCAGAUCAACUUGCCCAUGACAGCCAGCCCAGGGUCCUGCCCUCAGAACAGGACAGCACCAAAAAGCCCUAUCGGAUAGACAGUGAUGAGGAAGAGGACUUUGAAAAUGUAGGCAAGGUGGGGAGCCCAUUGGACUAUAGCUUAGUGGACCUACCUUCCACCAAUGGACAGAGUCCAGGCAAAGCCAUUGAAAACUUGAUUGGCAAGCCAGCUGAGAAGCCUCAGACCCCCAAGGACAGCAGCACAGGCAGUGCAAGCCUGGCCCCCAAUGGGACGAGUGGUGGGCAGGAGGCAGGGGCGCCCGAAGAGGAUGAAGAUGAGCUUUUAAGAGUGACUGACCUUGUUGAUUAUGUCUGUAACAGUGAACAGUUAUAAGACUUUUUUUCCAUUUUUGUGCUAAUUUAUUCCACGGUAGCUCUCACACCAGCGGGCCAGUUAUUAAAAGCUGUUUUAUUUUUCCUAGAAAACUCCACUACAGAAUGACUUUUUAGAAGAAAAAUUUCAACAGACCCUGAAGUCUUUCUGUGAAGUGACCAGUUUUGAACUUUGAAGAUAAAUAAUUGCUGUAAAUUCCUUUUGAUUUUCUUUUUCCAAGUUCAUGGUCCUUGGUAAUUUCAGUCAUGGGGAAAAAAAAAUCUUAUUAUAACAACAAAGAUUUGUAUAUUUUUGACUUUAUAUUUCCUGAGCUCUCCUGACUUUGUGAAAAGGGUGGAUAAGAAUGCAUUCCAAAUCUGUGAGGGCCCAAAACAGAAUUAGGGGUGGGAGAAAGCACUUGUGCUUUUAGCUUUUUCAUAUUAAAUAUAUAUUAUAUUUAAACAUUCAUGGCAUAGAUGAUGAUUAACAGACUGUUUAAAAGUUCAAGUCCGUAUUGUUGCAAUUUAAGAAUUGUAGAUAACAUCAUACAUAAGUCAUUUUAGUAACAGCAUUCAUGAAAUCAACUUGUUUACUAUUGACGAUAACCACACUUAAAAAGAAGAGACCGAUAAAAAGAUACCGUCAUAAAAAACUGUAACCUAAGUUUCUGUUAUAGCGGAGUUUCUUGUUUUUAAAAAAAAUCAUCUGAAAAGCAUUUGUAUAAUGAAAUGUAUAAUGAAGCUUUGACAACCAGGUUGUGCUAAUAGCAAACUUUUUUAAACAGCUUUAUGCAGUGGUGAUGACGUGGCCUUUAAUAUGCCAUCGUGGAGAGUUAUUAGUGAAAUGAGUGUGGUCUUUCUUAAGGCCCAAGUGGACUGUAAACUUUGCAGAUAAUGUAACUCUUGUUUUCUGGCCACUUAAUAUUUAAAUAUCUGAAUUAUCGUUUUCAAAGAAAUACACCUAUACAUAACAUACAUGAAGAGAUGGAUGCUAAGCAGACUGCAGUAUUUUAGCACAUUUGAAGAAGGGGAAAGGAUUUUCAGGUGAAUUUUAACUGGUCUAUUCUUGCCCUUAGUAUCUACUUCAAAUUGAAGUCUACAAACAAAGCAGUUCCUUUGGGAGGUUUUUAGUUUGAAUUUUAGCAUGUGUGUGUGUGUGUGUGCGUGCGUGUGUGUAUAUGUGUAUGUGUGUGUGUUAGAAUUUCCUAUCUGCCUGGAUAUAUUAGCAGGGUUUGAAUGUAGUUUUGGCCAUUGGCCAUUAGACCUCUAUUAAAAUUCAUUAAUUCACAUGACCAACAUAGAGUUGAUUGAAAAACACCAAUAUACUUAACAGCUAUAUCCAUUUCAAACAUCUCAACAUUUUAAAGAAAGAUAAGCCCUUUGUUUCAAGAAAAUAGGGGUUUGUAACUAACUAAAUAUCUAACAUGUAACUGACACUAAAAUAUGAACUUUGUCUUAGUUUCUGUUUCAGCUGUAAAAUUUCAGGCAGAGCCAUAAAUAAUGUUGUACAGAGUGUAGCACUUGUGAUUAAACCUUGCCUGUCAAAUUCUGAAACUUCCAGCCAUUACUUCUGUGAAUACUUUUGCCCUGGGAUUGGGUUUUCUGUUUCAAGUGUUGUGUCUGUUGCCGGCAAUGGACACACCAUAUCUGCUGCUGGCCCAAGGAACUUCAUUGAUUUUUCUUUGCAAAUUAAGCAUUCUAUGUGCUAGUCAGUGAAUAAUAAAGCACUUCUCUUUUUUAUUAUUAAAAAGCUGGCAUUAGACUUGCAUUAUAAAUACCUCUAGAAACUUCACACUCUUUCUUUUCCUCCCUUCACAGGUGUUGCCGUUAAAUCUUAUCUUUUGGCCUUGAAAGUUUAUAGCUGUUGUUUUUCACUUGUUGGUUCCUGUUUGUUUGUUUCACCUUAGUUCUGUAGUACCUGCCCAUUAAUAUUUUUGCUUUGAUUUUAGCAGUGUAUAUGUAUCUGUAUAAAAAAUAAAAUAAUGAAAGCAGCCUAAAAAUAGGAUGCACCAGUAGCAUGUGGUUCCAAGCAAAUUGUGAUUUUCAUUUUGAGACAAUAUUCCACCAGAAGGGAGUGAAGGACUUAUAUUCCCAGACAGUAAGCAGGGCUAUGUAAGGAGCCACAUUCACUUACCAGGCCUUCUUUCUGGUUAGGUUUGUCCCAUUUAUUUGAAAGUCAGUUAAGAAUGUGAGCCUUUUAACUAUAUAAAACAGGAGGCAAUAGAAGGAUUCCUAUUAAUGCAUGGUAAGUGGUUAGAAUGUGCAACCACCCCCGCCCCCGUCUUCUGCUACCAUUUUAGUCUUGCAACGGGGUAAAGCCACUAAGGUAUAGAAAAUCCCUCUCUCUACCUCCAGACACACGAGCUUCUGCUUCAACCUGUUCUCUUCAGUUAAGCAAACGACAAGAAGUGUUAAAUGGGUAGGUUAUUUAUUUUACAGGAUACCUAAUGUGAAAUAAGUUCUUUUUACCCUUCUGGCAUAGACAGCAAAAUGUUCAUUUUUAUCUUAGUAAAGACUGAGUAUUCCAUUUAGCAAAUGACUCACUGACAUGGGUUAUGAUGCCACUUUUGCUGCCUGUUAUUUACCAAACUUGAAUUAAGUGUUUGUGAACUCAAUAGUGAGUGUUUCCUUUUGAAUUCCCUUUAUAUUCUCAUUAAACCAGUUAACUUUGCUUCAUCUACAAAGAGUACAAUCCAAGCACCUCUUACAAAUUAUCAUGCAGAUAGGUUAAUCAUGGCUGAUGAAAUGUUGAACAGUUCACAAACAAUUCUGCUUGGUGUUUAGAUUCAGUCCCUCAAAGUCUUGGGUUUGCUGAAAUACCAACUCUGAACAUGCUUUGAAGAAGUUAAAAAGAACAAAAUAUAGGAAAAAGAGAAUGUUCUAUAUCCAAAGACAUAAUUCAGUCAUUAGGAACGGUCCUAAUUCAGACAUUAGGACUGCUGUACAGGAAAGCAGCAAUUCAUCUAGGGUUUAGAACAUCUUGGAUUCUUGUAAUUAGAGUACUGACCAUGGAUUUAGGCUCCCAGUAGCUGCUAUGUAAUAAUAGAACCCCUUAAUACUCUAAAACCCCUUUUUGGAAGUAUAAAUCAGACUCCGAAUAUCAAACUCCACUAUAGCAAAUGUAUUAAGGAGAGAUGUAGUUUAGUACUCAGAAUAUUUAGUUUGCAGUUUCUGUAAAGGUUGAAAAACUAGCCAAAUUUUCACAAAGCAGAAACUUUGAAUUGAAAUUUGUGAAAACUCAGACUGAAAAUAAUAUGUUUUUGUUUUGUAGACAUGUGCUGAUGAAAUAGUGUUUCGUGUAAACAUUUUCUGUUGUUGGCACAGUACUAGAGAAUGAUGGCAGAGAUAUUUUCAAGAAUAUACCUGAUUUAUUAAGGAUGGAUUUCCUUGGCACAUCUUUUUCCAGUUGGUCAAGGCUGCAGAUUCCGAGAAUAAAAAGGAGUUUCAUUUAGAAUAAAUUCAUGUCUGAUUUUUUUUAAAUGACUGCCAAAGAAUCAAGGACUUCAAAUGCUAAAGAAGUUGUUGGAAAAAAGAUUUUUAAGCAAAUUAACAACACAUUACGAACUCCAGUUUUUACUUUUCGAUUGAUGGAACCCAUCCCAUGAUACACAAAGAACGUAUAUAAAGAAAAAUAUAGGCCUGCUUAGAGUUUAAAAAGAGGGGAAAUGUUAGCUAUUUUUAAGUGGGAUUGACGGAAUUUUCUCUGUCACAAAGAAUCCCUUUUUAGCCUAUGUUUGUGGGGAUAAGAGGUGUGAGCCAUUCUCUAGUCCUACCGUACAAUUGAAAGGAAUCUAAUUGAAUAUCUACAAGUUUAAUAUUCAGAAAAAGUUGUGAACUCUGCCCUUCACCGACAGUGAACAAGGUCCCUGAUUUCAUGGCAUUGCCUCACAGCUAUAGGACAAGUAUUCAAAAAUCCAGAUCUUUUUAAAAUGGAAUGAACAUAUAUAUGUAUGUAUAUAUAUAUAUAUAAAUUAAUAUGUAUAUACAUAUCUUAGAUGUUAGAAAUAAAAAUGAACCCUUUGAAGUUAUUUGACACGAAAAAAAACAUAAUUGUAACUGAUGUGAGAUUAUGAACAUAAUUUAAUUACAGAAAGCCUAGAGAAAAAUAGUGAAGUUCCUCUUCUUGGUUUAACAUCCUGGUUCUCCCAAGAAGCAAGAAUGCCAAGACUGCAUACCUUCUGUAUCUACCUAGUCCUCUGUUUAAUAUCUGUUAUUAAACCUCCUUAGAAUAAAAUCCAUUCCUAUUUUAUCCACCAUUCCCAGUGUGUACCUGUAAUCCUACCUUGGAAGUGGCAAGCUAACUGCUGAUAUACUUCAUUGUUUUAUACCAAUCCUGAAAGACAAGAACUUUUAUUAUCAAUGUAUUUAAACUGAGUUAUUUUGUUAUAUGUAUACUUAAUAAUUUGUCUUCAACAUAUUUCACUCUUAAAUUAUCAUUAACAUUUUUUUGAGUGCCAAGAAUUGCUAAGUAACUAUGUAACAUAUAUGAAGAUAGUCAUUCCCCAGGAGUUAAACAGUCAUUAUAAGCCAAAAUGUAGUGUACUUGGUAUGUAACUACCCUAGACGGUACACUCACCACUUAAAAAUUCAUGUAAACCCUCUCAGAAAUUGAUUAGAAUAUGAUUUCUAUUAGUGAAUUUUUUUUCAUUUUGCUUUUGUAAGGUCAAUUUUUUUUCCAUUUUAUAUUUAUAACAUUUCACUCUGGGAAAUACUGAAAACCCAAUUCUGGCACAUUGUAGUGAUUUCAAUUAAUAAAGAUUUUUAUUUUAAUAACUAAGAUGUCUAUCCUAUGCAUAAGUUAUAUGAGAGGGCAUAACAAAUUAUUAGACAAGUAGAAAUUAAUUAAUCUCCUUAGACAUUGUGAAUGAGGAAAAAAAAAACAUUUUUAAAGGAACUACAUUUGUUUUUUUUGCCAAACCGGUACAAGCUAGAAAAUGCACUAAGGACUGAGUGACCUGCCUUGUUCAUUUUGCCACUGGAUGAUGUAAGUUAAGAAUGGAAUUGUUAGCCCUAACUAUAUAUUUUCUUGACUUUCAUCAGUUUCUAAAGAAAUCUAAUUUAAGUGUUUGGGGUUUUGUUUGACGUGUAUUUAUUGAGUUCUGGUCUUAGACCAGGAGCUAACUGCAUGUCACAUUUAUUGGAUGGCCAAGAACACAGUUAUUGGGAGACAAUGGCUCAAAACCUUCUGAAUCAUUUAACUUAUUUUGUAUGUUGCAAAAGAAAAAAAAGUUUAUUUUGCUUGAGAGUCACAUUUUUAUAACUGUACAGCUUUUAAGGGAUGGGAGGUGGAAAAUACCCUAAAAUAGGAUGUAGAUUUUUACAAUUGUGUUUAUGCUAGAACAUCUACAGGUGCAUUAUGUAAUUAAACCUAAAAUUGUUUAAAAUUUUGUGCCAUGGUCUUUUUCAUUCUGCCCUUUAGCAGAGCUGGUGCAUGUCAAUACUGCUAUAUGGACAAGCCUUGAAAUUAGGCUAAUAACCUGUCUCCAAAGCUUUAAGAUCAUUGCAUGAAAAUUAUACACACACACAUACUUAGACAUCCAUACAUAGAUCUAGUUUAUUUUAGUGUAAAUGGAUUUUCAAUUUUAGAACAGGUAUUAUAACUCAAAUUUGGCAGUUAAUGAUAUUUUCUUAAAGUGUGAUUUUCGUGAUGCUUAACUAGGGUUUUCUCAGUGUUGGUCUGGUGUUGUGUUCUAUUAUGAAAGUAAUGUCUUGAUCAUGGUAUCUGAGUUGUAGCUUGCCCAAACCUGCCUGGGGUUUUUCAUACACCCUGUGCUGGGAUGGGGAGAUUGGGAGCGGAACACAGCUUUGUUUCUUUUCAGUCUGUAAAAGAAGUAAAAACUAGAAUUGUUCGAUUUGGUUCUUGUAGACUCAAUUCAGUAGACUUAAUUCCACAGGAAUAGUCUGCUGGAGGCAUGGCAGGAAGGGAUAUCAGAUUCAAAGUCAAAUUCCCUUCUUAUUUGAUAAAUACUUUGAAAUCUUAUAGAGCUGUUAAUUAUAGCAGUCUUUUACAUGGCACAUUUUUGAUAAGUUAUAUUGAUACCUCUGUUUAAACACCAGUGCUUUUUGUCAUCUGAUAAUGUACCAUUCUGAUUUCUCACUUUUGUAGCACAAGUGUAUUCUUGUAAAGAAUUAAAUUCAUAACUUCUACCUAAGUUACCUUUAUCUAUUUCCAGUUACUGUGGGAUGUCAGUUUCUUUGCUGUCCUCAUCUAUUCAGAAAUGAAGCUUGGGAAUCAUGAAUUUCCAGGCAAAGAAUAUAAAUCCCAGAUAAGAAUUUGUAGAUGGUAUAUGUAAGAUUCCCAUUUUAAACUAAUAGCUAGGAUCCAGGGAGUGUUUGAUCAAAAUGCCUCUUGGGUUUUCAGACAUGCUUAUAUGAAAUGCUUUAUUUUCCUAUGCAUAAAAAAUAUUCCUAGAUACGUUCUCAGAAUGCUUUAUUUUGUUUCUAGGAGAUGAGCGCUAAAGCAGACUCCAAGAUUAACAUAAAACUCUUGAGGUAAUAAGGAAUGUGGUAUUAGCUAAACAGAAGCUGGCAUGCUCUCUGCCACGUAAGACAUACUGCAUGUGUAAGGGGGGGAAAACAUGAAAACUGGAAGUGUGAUUCCAAUAACGCACAAAGUAAAUUUUGUGCAUAGAAAAUAUGGGAAUUCCUGGUAGCUUAAAGCUUCAGGGGUUAACUGCAGUGUAUGAACACCUAGUGUGUUAGAAUUGCAGUACAUAGUUGUUUGAAUACAAUAUUCCUUGUAAGUGACAACCAAAAUAUGUUGUGGCGCGUGCCAAUAUUUUUGUUAAUGAAAUGUUCAAUGUCUCACUACAGUCUGAUCAGAACUCUUGGUGUUAUAAGAUAGGCCUAAAAGCCAUUUUAUGGCUACUGGCCUAAUUGUGUAACUUUUUUCUUUCAAAAUGUUUUAUUAUAAUACUUCUGUCAUUUCUUUACUUAAUAUAUGUCAAUUGUCAUAAUAAAAAAUUAAAUAAUUUGAUGUAUUUAG